CCAACACGUGCCGAAAAUACGAAGCGAAGAAAAACACCAAAAAACGCACAGAAAACAUGCUAACAGCCGAAGAAGCAAAAGUAAUAAAAAAGAGGAAAACAAGCAGCAAAUAUGUUUGAUAUAACGAGGCAGCGGAAGAGACCAAAAUUAUAAAUCAGUGUAGAGAAAAAAUUUGCCCAGUGUGCGAAUAGAAGCAAAGCUGCAUUCAUUAAUUGCGUUAAUACGACUAAAAAAAUCCCCAAGUAGCUAUGAGCAACAACAAUAGCAACAAUAUCAGCAACAGCAGCAUGCCAUACCCGGAAUCCGAAGAAGAGGAGGAGGAGCUCAGCGGGUCUUACAACAUCAAUGACAAUGGUGGUCAGUUGAGCGACUGCAGCAGCAGUAACAGCAGCGCCGCCAGCAGCAGCGGAAAAACGGCAAGCAGUUCUAAUAACAACUCUAGCGAUGAUGACGAUGACGAUGAUGAUGAUGACGCCACGGAUCAGGACACGCACACCGAUACCGAUUCGGAUGAUGCCACCACCACCCAAUCCGAUGAGCUGGAGCUGGCGCAAUUUGACGAUCGCCAUGUAUUUCGCUUGCCCCGCGGACUCUGUGAAAAUGCGCGAAUUUUCCAUGAAUUCUUUUCAGUCGAGACCUGGCAAAUGCUUCCCAACAAUAUGCAGGCACGCCUGCAACCCCUGCUGCCCAGCUAUGCAGGGUUUCUGGCACCGGCGCAGGCGGCAGCGGAACAGCAGAGGACUCUGUUGCAACUGUUCAAUGGUGGUAUUCAACGCUUCGGGCAGUCUCCAUUAUUGCGGCUGCAACGGCAGCUAGAAGAAGGAAACCUUCGUCCUGAUGUGUUGCAACUGCGCCAAAGCAUUCAGCGGUCACAAAGACGAGAGUGCCGCUUCCAGAAAGCCGAGCGUCUCAGUCGGCUGGCCAAGGAACUAUUUCUAUCCCGCGAGCAAUUGCUGCAACAGGUCUAUACCAUGGCCCCACCUUCGACUGAUGGUGAUACAUUUAAGGCCCAGCCACGUCCUCGCAAACGUAAAACGCCCACGCUGAAUAGAGAGAAUAAGUUCUGCGUGGAGCGUGCACGUAAGCGGUACUGCCAGGAGCUCGUGCAGCUAGCACGUGAAUUGAACUUGCAGCCCGGCGACAUCAGCGCUGACGAGCAGGACGAAGAAGCGGCACAAUUGGCAAUCAUUGCCGAGGAGCGCCAAUUAAAGGUGGAAACGAGUACGCGACCUUCAAAUGCGGCGGACAAGAAAUGCAUUUACAGUACCUUCUUCAAACGCCACCCCGGCCUCGAGGAUGAGCAAGUGCUGCGCAGCAUGCAGUCGGACAGGAUCCAGCCGCUCAACGAGAAAAACUUUAAGAAGUAUUUACGCGACUAUAAGCGACGGAAACUCCAGCACCCGCAAUUACCUGACUUUGAUACCGCUGACAUACGAUUGCGUGACAUUUGCACACGCGCCCAGUUCGUGGGCAACUUUAAGCCAGGACGCAAGCCCAAGGCUUUGAUGGCGCGCCUCAAUCAGCAGCAAGUCACUGAGCCUCCCGCCCUGGUGCCUAUUGGCGGCAAGGUCAAGCAGGUGGAGCCGGUUACCGAGCUACUCACUGAUGAGCCGCAGCAGCUUUAUGGGCGCGCUGCGUUCGAGCCGGAUGAGGACGAAUUGGAGCAGGAAUUGCAAGAACAGCCGGAGAUAAUAAAGCCAAUGUCCAAGACAAUGGUGCCGGCUGCUGUCGUUGCACUUGCCCAGCAAUUGCCAAAACUGGAGCCCAUUGUGGCCCGUGCCGUGUUCAGCAGCAACUCACCCCGGGCACUAAUCAAGGCCGGUGCCCAUAUCACUGGCAGUCCCACCCGAGAUCACACAACAGCAGUGGUCACACAGCGUUCACAUGGCUGCUACUUUUCGCUUCUGCGGGAUCUGUUUGUGUCCACGCCACAGCAUCGUUUGAACUACCAGGAGCUGCAGUCGCAGCUGCACAAGUGGCGCACAGAUAACUCGGCAAGUGGGCUGCCCGACUGGGUGCGUCUGCUGCCCAACGAUUGGACGCAGUUACUGCAAUCGGCUGUUAGCUUCUUGUCGGGCGACUUUGUUGGGCUGCCUGCGGAAUAUGUGCCCUACAUUGAACACAAAACACAGCUGAACAUAUACCAGUGGAUUGGCGCUGGCCGCGACUCGGAUGCGCGCCUUCAAACGCUCUGCCAGUAUUGGUUGCAGCAAUGCAAAGAGGACACAGCGGCAAUGGAUCAGUUGCCGCUGCAACAGCAGCAACAGCAACCACAUCAACAAUUAAAUCCUGUUACUGCCCUCGAUGUGACGCCCACGCCACCGCCACGUUGCCCCACCAGUUGGGCGGUGCGUGUGGCCACCCAAUCGGAGAUGCUGGAGUUCCAGCGACAGGAACGUUUGCGCUUCGACCAACCGCAUCGCCCCUUCACAUAUCGCAUGCACGGCUACGAGAGCGUUGUGGGUCCCGUGAAGGGCAUUUAUACGCAGAGCCUGGCCCUAAACAAGGCACGAGGCCAUGCCGUCAUGGUGGACGACAGGCCGCCUUAUGUGACCAUCCUGACGCUGGUGCGCGACGCCACCGCGCGCUUGCCCAACGGCGAGGGCACUCGGUCAGAAAUAUCAGAGCUGCUGAAGUGCUCGCAGUUCAUCAAUCGGCAGGCGGCAGAGAACGUGCUGCAGACGAUCGUAAGCGGGGCGCUGGAUCGAAUGCAUGGUGGCCUAGAUCCGUGUGUGCGCUAUGAUGCACGGCGCAAGAUCUGGAUCUAUUUGCAUCGCAAUCGCAGCGAGGCGGACUUUGAGCGGAUGCACCGCCAGAAUCAGACGAUUGUCAAGCAGAAACAGCAGCAGCGCAAGCACAAUAAGCCAAAGAAGGAUGAAGCAGUUGAUCAGUGUCCACAGGAGCUGCCCGCCCUGGUGGCAGCUUCCACAUCCACAACAAAUGCAACAUCAACAGUGGCAACAUCAACAGCGCCGAAUCCCACAGCUGUUAUGAUCAAGAAGCAUGCGCAGUCAUCAACGCUACCAUUGCAGGUGAAAUUUCCGCCAGUGCCGCCGCUCAAAUAUCAUGUGCCGCCCGCCGGAUCUGCAGCAUCCGGUGGUAAUGCUGUUAUUUCCUCCCAACAGCUGGCGACAACACAGAAAUCUCUGCUCAAGCCCACACAGCGCAGCGGCGUAGUGACGCUGCUGGAGAGGUCGCCAGGAUCUGGAACUGUUCAGCUGCUGAAAACCUCACCCAAAGCUCUCCAGCAGCAGCAGCAGCAAGUGGGGCAGAACAGCAGUCCCACGCGUAAUACCACGCCCAUACUGGUGUCCACGCCCAGCGGUUUACAAACUGUUCAUGUGGCCGCCACGCCCAACAAAAAGAUGACCAUCAAGAAGCCCAUUGUCAUCAAUUCGCCCACGCAGACCCAGGCACCAGCCACAGCAACAGCAGCUUCUAUAACGGGCAACUUCAUUUUGCCAUUGGAUCAACAGCAGCAACAACUCAGCCAGCCCAACAAAGCUUCGCCCGCACGCCAACAAAUGCCUAAAAAUAUUAUACGGCUGCUACCCGCUAGCGGUGUUACCAGUCCAGCUGCUAGCAAACCCUCGGUUGUGCAGCUGCCCGGAAGUCCGACUGUGGUCAGACCCACGCCACCGGUCCAAAUACUUGGACCACGCAUGCUCGCACAAACAACAGUUCGCCCACUGCAACAGAAGAUCGGCAGCGUUUCCAUUGUCAACAGCAAACCCGCGACGUCCGCCAGUGGCGGUACGAUCACCAAUGCCGCAUCUGGUGGCACGCAAACGGGCACGGGCACUGGUACCAUUGUAAAGAUGUCGCCGCAGGCGUUUGCCACUCUGCAGCAGCAGCAAUUGAAGCAGAAGCAACAGCAGUCGCAGCAACCACAGCAGCAGCAACAACAACAACAGCCGCAGCAGAGAAUCCUCGUAGGCAACACAGCAAUAUCAUCGAACAAAAACAUUGUGUUCCAGGCGCUUCCAAAAGCGGCACCUAAAAUACUCAGCACAGUGACUGGGCAGGCCAAACCAUUGGCCACCGCGAAUCUCUCGCCGCAGCAGCAGCGCAUUGUAUUGCAGAGCUUCAAGCAGCCUAUAUCUACAGCAGCAGCAGGAGGAGGAGGAGGAGGAGCUGGAACUGCUGUCGCUGUUGCUACCUCGCAGGCAACAACGCGUAUCAUACGCACGAGUCCAGUGGCGGCAACAACAUCGGCUGGCACAUCCACAGCAACGCAAUCCGGUCACAUAGUGACGCUGGAGAGUCUGUUGCAGAAGCAAAAUGCUGGCAAGCUCAUACAGCUAGCGACAACGGCCACCGGUGGCAAUGUCAUAACGCUGACGCCCAACUCCCAGACCCAGACCCAGCAACAGCAGCAACAACAACAACAACAGCAGCAGUUGGCCACGACUAAGCAGCUGCCGACCACGGCGCGCAUUGUUACCGGCGGCCAUGCGACAAUGGUGCCAAAAAUCAUAGGCAAGACGACAGUUAUGUCCGGAAAGCCGUUGCUACUGACCGCCAAGACGCUAAAGCUGGGCGGCGCUGCAGUGGUUAGCACACAAACGAGCACGGCCACCACGCUGACCACCGGCGGUGGCGUCGCUGGGCUGAAGACAGCGCAAAAUAUUGUGAUUGGCGGGCAGACGGUGAAACUACAGGGAACGACUAUUCCCUCGCGUAAUGCUUCAGGUGGACCUAUGCAAACGGUCAUCAUGGGCAAUCAGUUGCUCCGGCUCGCCACCAGCAGCAACACGACCAGCAUCAGCAACAGCAGCCAGCCCAGCACGUCCACCGCCAUUGCCACUGCUCCCAAAACUCUGCUGAUUGGCGCUGGUGCGACGCAGACUCUACGUCUGGGCAAGAAUGUGCUACUCGCUACCAGUAGCAGUGGCAGCAAUGUGAGCACCACGUCUACGGUGACCACAACCACCACAACUCCUGCCAAUAAUCUGGUAUUCGCCGUACAAAACAAUGGCGGCCAAUUGUUCUUUACGCCCGGACUGCAGGGCGUCAAUCUGAAGCCAUUGUCCAACAUGAAGGUGAUACCCAUGUCCACAGCGUCAGCAACCGUCGGCGCCGGCAGUGGCGUUAAACUGAGCAAUGUAACGACGGCAGCUGUUGAUGCGGUAGCUGGCAAAGCGUUAAACACAAAACUGUUGCCCGCUGCUGUGCUGAAGACGGCAAGUGGAGGACAUGGCAAUUAAGUGAUGGGGCGCAUGUGGCAGAGGCUUGUUAAAACUACGUUGUUUACAUAACCAGUUGUUUGGAUUUACCAUUUAUCAUUUAUAUAUACAUAUAUAUAACUAUACAUAGUAGCUAACAUUAUGUAAUUUACGAUUUUAAGCAAAAAGUUUAACAUUACAAAUUUUGCUUCGUAUAAUUAUAUGAGAAUUCAGGAGUUGGGCACGUGAUUUAUAUUUCGAAGAAGCGAAACCUGCCUGCCCACUAAUUAAUAUAUGAUAUUAGCAUAAAUAUUGCUGUUAUCUAACAUCAAA